AUGGCGUGGUUAGGGGAGAGGUCAUGUGGUCUUGGAGACGUGUACAAGACGCUACGUGGAAGAGCAGCUGGAAACUCUCUUGGUUCCCCAGCUGGAAACUCUCUUGGUUCCCCAGCUGGAAACAUCCUUGGUUCCCCAGCUGGAAACAUCCUUGGUUCCCCAGCUGGAAACACUCUUCGUUCCCCAGCUGGAAACAUCCUUGGUUCCCCAGCUGGAAACAUCCUUGGUUCCCCAGCUGGAAACAUCCUUGGUUCCCCAGCUGGAAACAUCCUUGGUUCCCCAGCUGGAAACAUCCUUGGUUCCCCAGCUGGAAACUCCCUUGGUUCCCCAGCUGGAAACUCUCUUGGUUCCCCAGCUGGAAACUCUCUUGGUUCCCCAGCUGGAAACUCUCUUGGUUCCCCAGCUGGAAACUCCCUUGGUUCCCCAGCUGGAAACUCUUGGUUCCCCAGCUGGAAACAUCCUUGGUUCCCCAGCUGGAAACUCUCCUUGGUUCCCCAGCUGGAAAAACUCCUUGGUUCCCCAGCUGCAAACUCUCUUGGUUCCCCAGCUGGAAACAUCCUUGGUUCCCCAGCUGGAAACAUCCUUGGUUCCCCAGCUGGAAACUCUCUUGGUUCCCCAGCUGGAAACAUCCUUGGUUCCCCAGCUGGAAACUCUCUUGGUUCCCCAGCUGGAAACAUCCUUGGUUCCCCAGCUGGAAACUCCCCUUGGUUCCCCAGCUGGAAACUCUCUUGGUUCCCCAGCUGGAAACAUCCUUGGUUCCCCAGCUGA